AUGGAUAGUAGUGGAAGAGUGCUGGUGCAACCGUUGGGAGUGAGGGCUGCUGUUCCUCAGUACUCACCAGUCCAGCCACGAGGCUCGGCAGCUGGUGCAGCCUCGAGGGCAGGUUCGGGAACAGGUCCGGGAACAGGUUCGGCAGCAGGUUCGGGGUUGAAGGCGGGAGGAGGAGCGGGAGCGGGAGGAGGGCGGCCUGCGCGGACCGUGUCCGCCAUUCCGCGGAUGGAGGGGCUCGGGGGAAGCGGCCCAGGGGGAAACGCGCUUAAGGGGAACACCUCUGGCGCGGGGGAAUCCAUGUCCCCCUCCCCUGCGGGGUUCCCCCAGCUGGCGCAGGUUGGGGAAGAGGGGGAAGCGGGGGAAGCGGGGGAGGGGGGGGUCGCGGAGCUACCGAUGCUGCCAGCACCGGGGUUGCCUCAAGUCGUGCAGUGCCAGCACUGCGGACAACUUCUUGAGAUCCCUGCCAUCCUGCCACCUACCAAGAAGGGCAUUCACAAGCUACGUUGCGGCAAGUGCAUUGCUCUCUCUCGCUUUCGAGCCUUCACGCCACACAUGCCCCACUUGCAGCACCAGCAGCAGCAGCCGCAGCAGCCGCAGCAGCAGCAGCAGGUUACGCAACAGCAUGUCCGCUCAUCUUCUUUCUCCGCCAUUGAUGCUACAAAGCAAUACCCCUGUGCUCGCUCUGUUUCCACUGACUCCACCGAAGCCAAGGCCGCCACUACUCUUCGCGAUAAACCCUCUCUUGACGGAACUGCAGCCACUGUACAAAGCCCUGGGGCUGCCAGUAACGGGGCUGCUCUUAAAGGGUCUGGUGCUGCAGCAGGUUUGGGCAGAGGAAGGAGCAGCAGCGGCACCAAUUCUAGUCCCUCCAAGCCUCUCAAAUCAGGUUUGGGUCCUGGCAGGUCGGAAACAGCAACAGGUCCGAGAACAGGCUCGGGAGCAGGUUCGGCAACAGGCACGGAUGGUCGGGGGAGGAUAACUAGGAUCGGAAGCUCUGAGUCGCUUAGGAGCAACAGCUCUGGAGUGCUGUCCCCUGUAGGCUCUAUAAGAGACUCUUCUGACAAUGAAUCAACAGCUGGUACCUCUCCUGCAAAGGCUGGAGGCAAGAGGGGUGAAGCCAGAGCGACUGGUGCAAGUGGCAUGGUUAGAGUGGGCUCUGGGGCGGCUCUUGUGGGUGGUGGUGGGAUGGCUAGUAGUACAGGGAAUAAGAUGGGUUCAGGUGGGGGUGGUGCUGGGGGAGGGAGUGGGGACGGGAGGCUGACGUACACUCGGUGUGUGGUGGUGAAUGGGGAGCCAAUCAGUGAUGGCCACGUGGCAGCUGCAGAGGAACGUGCGGGGCCCAUCCAGCCUGGCAACUACUGGUACGACCAGGUGGCUGGUUUCUGGGGCGAAAUGGGAGGGCCCUGCCUUGGGAUGAUCCCGCCUGGCAUCGAGCUGGGGCCAGCCCUCCCAAGGAACUGCUCAGGUGGCGACACCAAGGUGUAUGUGAAUGCGAGGGAACUCCACCGGAAGGACCUGGACAGACUCGUGAAGAGAGGGCUUCCAAUCACAGACAACAUGGCGUAUCGAGUCGAGGCGAACGGGAAUGUGUUUGACGGCCUCAGUGGGGAGUUCCUGGUCAACCUUGGGAAGCUCGCGCCCUCGUGA